AACGGAAGCAAAUGUUCUGUACACCGUCCGCGUCCAUGGUCGUUCGAUGAAUCAGUGGAAUGACAGUUCAGGACCCUCCAUGGCGCCAGAGAACGCGCCCGUGUCCGUUUUACUCUCAAGGACGCUGUCUGUUCGCGGAUUCGUGCAACUUCCUUCACGAUAUCAAAGUAAAGAACCCUCCCGGCCAGUCACUUGUUGACGUGCACGUCGCGCAGCCUGUCGGGUCACGCGUGUUUUUGCCUCCAAGGACCGUUUUAAAUCCUCCUUCGGUCGUGAUCAACUCUGCGAGCCCACGCUCUACUCAACUUGUCAGCCCGGUGGAUGACACUUCUCGUUAUUUUGGUUUACUUUCGGUUCUUCAAGAUGUAAUUGGCCCAACUAGCGAGGACGGCGAAACACUCACACCUCGACCUGCUAACAUGAACGAUAUUUUUUUGCCGAAUUCCCCAGCAGAUACCACCAUGAUUGGUUUCUCCAUGGACGUUUCUGCGUUAGUGGAAGAAUCAGAUUUAUGUGAUACUCAGGACUCUUCUGUUGUUGAAGUGCCUCGGGAUGCAGGGGAAAUACAGGAGAUACUCGCAUGUCGUGAUAUUGGCUCAGAUGAUUCUAAAGAGGUUGGGGAUGUGCUUCCUUUGUAUGUGGUGGGUGACGAGGACGGGGAAGAAGAACAGGAACAGGACCCUGAAGAGGCUGGAGAAGACAGGUCGCAAUUCAUUUCAAUGACUAUCUUGCGAUUCCCCACCCCGCCUUCCAGGUUCUCUUCUAUGAGUACUGCCAGCUCUGUCUUGUCACUCCUUGCAUGCCCUCAUGACUUGCCAAUGGAGGAGCCCUUGGACAAUUCAGGACAAGAAGUUUACAAUGACCUUCUAUCUCCUGUCGAGCUUUCUGCACGCUUGCGGCCUUUCUCAAUGUACAGCUACAACUUUCCGCCAAAGCGGCAAGACUCUAUCGACUCGGGCUAUGCCGACAGUUGGACGGGACCGGCGCUGCUGGCUCGUUCUCCACCUCAUUCCAUGCGCAAUAGCAUUGCAUUCAAUUCAACACCCUCUCGCCGUGCUUCAGUAUCUUUGUUACAAGAUAGACGCGUGUCAUAUGAUGUUCGCGGCGUCCGACCUUCCCCCCGCCAACCAGUGGUGACCGAAGAGCAUGAAGAUGACACAUCCUCGACUUUAUCUAUUUUAGAUGCCUAUGAUGUGUCGUCUGAUCUUGACGAAGAGCCUCUCUCCCCCACUGUCCGUCUCGCUGGGAUAGUGUUAACACCUCCUUUAAGUCCUCCAGUAGAACCAUCCUUUCCAAAACAGCCAUCCGUUAUCAUUUCCGAGAGUGCGCCAAUUCAUGACAGCACCUUAGAAGCACCAUCACUUCAGCCCGAUUCCGCGCCGGAGGCUGACACCGAACAUGCGACUUUCGAUGCUGACAGCCCUCUAGAUUUAUUGGUUUCUCCGCUUUCGUCAUCUACGGCUUGCCCGUCCUCUGUUAAAGGGAUUUUUCCAUCCCGGGAAGCAGUGCUCGUCGGCAUGGAAUUUUGCAGCCUUCCGCCUUCUCCAUUACCCGAACCCGCUGCUUCCGACGUUCAUAUCGUCAGCAGAGCCGAUGACGUCAUUACCCCCUCGGUUUCUUCGUAUUUGAUUGACAGCGAGUUUAUGGAGGGAGAAUUGUCAUUAAAGGUGUCGCUGUUAUCUUUAGGCACUUUCCCGUCUGGUCGCUCAUCUCCGAAUACAUCCAUACUCUCCGUUGAGUGCGACUACACGGCUGACGACAUGACUCAAGAGACCGUUUUCUCUCAACCUCCUUCGCCACAGCAGAGUGGUCUCAUACCAGCGCAGUCUCCUACUUUAUCGCCGGUACGGGAUGAUGAUGAUGAUAUGGACGGAUACGGACUCCGGGAAGAUCAUCUUUAUGCAAGCUACCCAACCGAAAGUCGAGAGUUGUCCAUCGCCCGCCCCAGCGAGCGGCCAAGGAUCUCCCGUGAACUUCUAGCCCACAUCGGGCAUGUAUUUUCCCUUUCCGACGACAUGCCAGUGCCUGCAGGAGAUGCUCUAGACACAACCGGAAGUGGUUCAGAUGUCCAGACUGAUGGUCAUCAUGAUUCGUGGCAUGACGCUCUGAAUGCGGAUGUCCAACAGGCUUUGCGCAUGUCUUCAAUGUCUCCUGUGAUAUUCUUAUCUGACGAUACAGACUUCGAUCACGACGAGGCUGGCGUGCGCACGUCUUGGAGCCCUCAAUUAAGGCAACUUUUCCGCCAACCUUCGUCGUUGGAGUGGCGUGGAAGGUGUCUUGUCUGUCGAGGAGGGCAUGAGCGUUAGCACUGUUGAACUCGACGAGGGCGAUGCGCUUCGUGGCCAACAUAGCACUGAAGGUCUCUUGGAUGACCUGGUAUCUUUACCAGCGGCGACUGCCGGGCAAGCCAUCGGAACUCGUGACAUAGAUGCAUUCUUACUUCAGAGGAAGCAGGAUAUCCAGGCAGCUCAUUUUCACGACGAAUCACUGGUUGACACUAGUACUGUCAACGAUCCCUCGGUUGCGACUCUUGGUUCUGUAGAUGCUCCUUCGAUCAUUGAAUUUGUACAGAGGAAUCGUGCUAUCUCAGAUGUCACCGUGAAACCCGAUUUGCAGUCUCCGAGUGCUCCUUAUUUUCCUCCAUCACCCGUGGCCUUCAUCCCGGC